UCCCUCUCUCUCUCUCUCUUCCCCUCUCUCUCUGCCGGGCGUUCGUCGCCGAUUCUUCGGGAUGGACUUCGAAUCGAACUACGAGAUUUCCCGCACGGCCGAUUUCAUUCGCACCAGAAACUUCACCAAAGUCGCGUUGCAGUUUCCGGACGAGCUGUUGAAGGAGUCGACGAGGGUGGCGAAAGCCCUGAGAAACGAGCUCGGGAAGGGCGUGCGCUUGUACGUCAUGGCGGACGCUGCGUACGGCAGCUGUUGUGUUGAUGAGAUUGGGGCCUCGCAUGUGGACGCCGACUGUGUGGUGCAUUAUGGCCACGCGUGCAUGAGCCCAACAUCAACUCUGCUGGCUCUUUUCGUUUUUGGGAAGGCCUCCAUUGAUGUAAACGCUUGUGCAAAGUCUUUGCGUCACUGCUUAUCCACCGCCAACAAGCCUAUACUGGUCCUAUAUGGAUUGGAAUAUGCACAUGCUCUGGAGAAUCUCAAAACAGUAGUGGCUGAAUUGUUGCAGUUAAGUGUGUCCAACUCUGGUGUCCACUUUGCAGAGGUUGCUUGUUCAAGUAUAAAUCCAUCAGGGGAUAAAAUGACAGAUAAGAAGCAAUUAUAUUCUCAUAAUGGUGUUUCUGAUAAUGAGGAAGUUCAUAAGUAUGAAGAUGGAAAUACUAGUCUUAUUUCUGUUAACUGCAAUACAUUGGAGCCUUGUACCAAAUACAGUCUUGGUGGACUCAUAUGGACUAUGCCAGUAGGCCACAAGAUGGAGGACUAUUUGUUGUUAUGGAUUGGAUCUGAGAACCCUGCUUUUACCAAUGUUGUGCUUACAUUCAAUAAUUGUGAAAUAGUCAGGUAUGAUGCGGAGGAAAGCAACUUACUGAAGGACUUUGCUGACCAGAGGAGGAUUCUUAAGCGCAGAUAUUACCUUGUGGAGAAAGCAAAGGACGCAAACAUUGUUGGAAUUUUGGUGGGCACUCUGGGUGUUGCUGGUUAUCUUCGUAUAAUUCAACAAAUGAAAGAACUGAUUGAGGGGGCUGGAAAGAAGUCCUACACGCUUGUUAUGGGAAGACCAAACUCCGCCAAACUCGCCAACUUUCUUGAGUGUGAUGUUUUUGUUUAUGUCUCAUGUGCCCAAACUGCACUUUUGGAUAGCAAAGAAUUCUUGGCUCCAGUCAUCACCCCUUUUGAAGCCGUAUUAGCUUUCAGCAGGGGAAGCAAAUGGACAGGAGAAUAUGUGAUAAAUUUUCAGGAUUUGACAGCUUCCACUACAUCUGAUGUCGUCAAUGACACAGAAGAAGCUAGGUUUUCUUUUAUUCAAGGAGGCUAUGUUGAAGAUAUUCGGCCUUUAGAAAAUGGGGGGGAACACAAGGAGACAUCUCUUGCCUUGGCAGAGGCUACAGAGAAGGCUCUGAACUUGCAAAACCAGUGUACCGAUUCUGUGUUAUUUAAAGGAAAAGCUACAUCUGGGGCAGAGUUUUUUGCAGCUCGGUCAUUCCAGGGUCUGAACAUGCAAUAUGAAAAUCCUCUUCCUCAGUCUUAUGUAAUUGGUAGGACUGGCAGGGCAUCUGGUUACGAGGAUGAGAAGUAGUAGGGUAAACAUUGACUGAGUGCUCAGAUAUCAUAUCAUUGCUCCGAAUGCAUACAAUCAUUACCCUUUUUUGGUGUCUGUAUGAUUACUGAAGGAUAAAUUAUCAAGAUCCUAGAAAGAUUACUGUGUGACAUGCUGCUUUCAUGAUCAAAUGAAAAAAAAUCCAGAGGCGGUAGGAGUUGAAGAUCCCAAAUGAGCUCUCUGUUGCAAUGGAGGGUUUUCUGUAAAGUGCAGGUUGCCACUUGUUUAUGCAGUUUUGGAGAAAAGAUCAUUAUUUAAAUAUUUUAUAGAAAAGGUCAUAUUCAAAUGUUCUACUCUAAUGACGAUGGCUUCCGCAUUAAUCAAUCAAUCACUGCUGGUCAGUUUUCUUUUGAUUUUACCUAAGUUGAGUUCUGUUAUAUUCUUUCUUCCAUGUAUUAAAAUUGUACGGCAUUAUAUUGUUUGAUGAAAGGCACUUUUUUUUUUUGGGUGGAUCAUAUAUUUUUCAGAAGUGGUUUACUGCUUCAUCUACUGUAUGUAUUUGUGAAACUGUUUUGUUCUAGACAACUUGAUAACAGAAGUUUACACAAGUUCUGGGAGUUCGUCCAGUAAAUGCAAA